AAGAAGUCAAUACUAGCCGGCGCUCGGUAAACAAAAGCAUGUGACGACGUAUGCACGAUCGCUGUUUCCUUGCUUUUAGGUUUCCUCUUAGUUCUUUCUCAUUGUACACAUUGCAAGAUGAUCAAAGCGAUCCUAAUAUUUAAUCAGUAUGGAAAGGUCAGGCUGACGAAGUUCUACGAACGCUUCCACGAAGAUGAGCAACAGCACAUCAUACGCCAGGUUUUUCAACUUGUUUCCAGACGAGGGGAAGACGUUUGCAACUUCCUCGAAGGUGGAGACCUCGUCAAGAACUCGGACUACAAGAUUAUCUACCGCCGCUAUGCUACCCUCUACAUAGUAUUCUGCGCCGACUCCAGUGAGAGUGAGCUGGGGAUCCUGGAUUUGAUUCAGGUUCUGGUAGAGCUACUUGACAAGGCCUUUGAAAAUGUCUGCGAGCUUGACCUCGUGUUUCAUGUGGACCAGGUGCAUCACAUCUUGAAUGAACUUGUGAUGGGAGGUAUGGUGGUCGACACCAACAUGACUGAACUCAUGACGCGCGUCACAGAGCAGGCAGCUAUCGAGAAACAGGAAGGUGGAAUUGCAAGGAACACCGUGAAGGCCAUCACAGCUGUCAAAAAUGUCAACUUGUCACGACACAUCAAGGACAUUAAGCUUCCAGAUUUUUCUACCCUUGGUCAUGUAAAGCUCUGAAGGUCACCAACGUGUGAUGCAUGCAUUUUGCAUGCCAAAGCUAUGCCAAUUUUUUUACAUUUUCUAGAUUUUUUUAUGUUGUCAAAACUGGCAUAUUCGUACCAUUUAAGUAGCUGGAGUACGUGGCGUUGUCACCACUCACGACUGUUGAUUAUUGUAAGUGAUGAAACUUGCUACAGUGCUUUGCUGCAUAAGUGAGAUUUUGUGAGAUUUUUUUUGUCUAAUUAACUAACCACUAAGGCCUCCUAGCAGCAUUUCAUAGUCAGGGUACUUAGUUCCUGCUGUAUCGAAUGAUCAAACCUGGUGACCAUGAGCUUUGCAAGAAAUAUUGAUCACAAGUACUUCAUGAGUACAAUUGAUGUUCACAAAUGCACCACUCUAGUGGUCACCACAGCUGCUCCUUUGUUGUGGUGAUGCAAGAACAAGUCACCAACAUUGGCAUCGAAUAACACAUCUCUGUUGCUUCCAAGAAGAUUUUUCUAUUGCUACACUGAAAAAUGUUAGGCGUAAUGUCUCACUUGGCAGCUUAAGAAUGUACCUAAUAGUGUAGCCAAGGUGGGUUGGGGAGAGUUCUACCCUCUCUAAAUACUAGAAAUGGACAGCUGGCUACACCCAGUCACAUCAAAGUACCACAGCCAGGGUCCUUUUACCACCACAGGAAAGUACUACAUGUGAAAUUCCAGAAGUAGUGUUGUACUCAAGCACUCUCCAUUGUUUACUCUGUUAUGACAGCGUGUGUUCACAUUGUCUUCUUACUGUGCAUUGCAGGCAUUAGAAAAGGACCAUGUUUAUGUUAACCAGAGUACUAACCAGUGACCCAGAGGAAUACCAUGUAUAUAUCCGGAUUUUAUCACAUUGGAAAAAAGACAGGUGAUUCAAAUGGGUAGCAGGAGAGCAUGCCAAACUAAGUGCCCUUCUUGACCAUUUUCGGUGGUGCU